GCGUUUUGGCUCUAAAGCCUGGAGACCUCCGAGGUGCUCGUCAGUUUUCGAAGUAGGAGCCAUGGCGACAACAGCUCAGUAUAUUCCGAGGAAUAACUCCUUGCCGUCCAACCCGCUCAUGCAUCCGGAUUCGGAUAGGAUGCACCAGGGGACGACCUACAGAGAGGUGCAGAAAAUGAUGCACCACGAGUACUUGCAAGGGCUCGCGGCGACCAACACGGGACACCCGAUGAGCCUGACUCACCACCAGUGGCUGCCCACGUCCAACACCGACUGGUCCAGCGGCACCCACAUCGGACAGCAGGAGCACAAAGCCAGCGUGCAGGCGACCAGAGACGACCUGAGCUCCGGCUUCCACCACAGAUCUCACCUGGUGCACCAGCAGACACAGGGUGGCCAUCAUGGCUCGUGGGCGCCUACCACGAACCACCACUUAUCCCCACUGUCCCCAGCAUCCAACGGCCAUCAGUCGCUGGUCUACUCCCAGCCCGGAUACACAAACCUCAACGCGAUGCUGAGUCCCCAGCCCGGCACCCUGCACCACAGCAUGCGGGACCCGCUCCACGACGACUCCGGUAGCCACGACAACCAGAUGGAGUCGCCCCAGCAAGCAUUCAGCCACCACCAGGACCAUUCGGACGAGGACGCGCCCAGCUCCGACGACCUGGAGCAGUUCGCCAAGCAGUUCAAGCAGCGGCGGAUCAAACUGGGCUUUACGCAGGCGGACGUGGGCUUGGCAUUGGGCACCCUGUACGGAAACGUCUUUUCUCAGACCACAAUCUGCAGGUUUGAGGCGCUGCAGCUCAGCUUCAAGAAUAUGUGCAAACUUAAGCCGCUGCUAAACAAGUGGCUGGAGGAGACAGACUCCAACACGGGCAGUCCCACCAAUUUGGACAAGAUCGCAGCGCAGGGAAGGAAACGAAAGAAGAGGACCUCCAUCGAAGUGGGGGUGAAAGGGGCGCUGGAGAAUCAUUUCUUAAAAUGCCCAAAGCCGUCUGCUCAUGAAAUCAGCACUUUAGCCGGCACUCUGCAGCUGGAAAAAGAGGUUGUCCGUGUUUGGUUUUGCAACAGAAGACAAAAAGAGAAAAGAAUGACACCAGUGGGGGUCCCUCACCCGAGUAUGGAGGACGUAUAUUCCCAGGCAGAGACCCCUCCUCUACAUCGCACACUACAGAGUCCUGUGCAGUGACUGUUUUCAUGAACAAUCCCAGCAUUUCCGCAGGGGGGAGAAAAAAGGGAAAGGGACUAUGGAGUUUACAGUAUUUAAGUUUGGCUUUUGUUAUUUUUUUUCCUGAGAGAAAAGAGACAUGGAAAAAGUUGAGCAAAUGAGUUUUGCCCGUAGUAUUCGGAGAUGUCCAGCAAAUAGAUGGCAAAGAGGGAAAAUGUUAAGAAAAAAAAAAUCAUGAAAACUGAAAAAAUAUUCGCUAUUAUUGAUUCUGUGCGCAUUUAAAGUGAAACAAAGAUUUAUUUACCAAAAUUAUAUGGAGGAGACAUAAAGUAAAUUUGAUAUCCCAUGGCUGUUUCCAAUGGGGGGUGAUUAAACGUUGCAUCUCCUCCUGGUGCACCAUGAACUGUUGGCGCUCACCAGAACGAGGUGUUCGCUUGAAAACGAUCAAACACUGGAGAUGAAUCCUUUUUUUUUUUCAGGCUUAAACGGAUUAACCAGAUUUCUGAAUAUUAGUGUAUACUUUCCUUGUUAUAUUAAUUGUGAUGUUUUGGUUUGGAACUUCUUUAACUUCAGUGUCUCUCUUUAUGAUUAUUUUUUGUCAUGAUUUAUAACUCAUCAGAGCAGCCUCCAAAUGUUCCUUUUUUGUCUCAGUGGGAGUUGAUUGUUAGAAAGUGAUGGACAUUAUGGCACCCGAAAACACUCAUAAUUUAAAGUCAGACAUAUUGAAGAAAAUAUCCAAUGCAACAGGACGUAGAAGUCCUGCUUGCAUGCCUUAAAAGAUAUUUAAAGCUUUGCAGCUGACCACGUCGAAAUUUGCAAAAAGCACCAGACGCUAAAAGGGAAAUUCUAAGAAAAAGAAAAACGCAUUUUUCUUCUUCUUUUUUUAGGGGUUAAUUGUGUUGACAUUUUUAUUUUCUUCGCAUGGAGCACUUAUUUUUUCUUUGAUCUUUUUAUUGCAAUUUAAUAUUUGUUAUAACAUGUGUGAGUGGAGCUAAUCUCCAUGAACUUAAACACAAUAAAUCCCAUGUUUACAGGUUCCUGGUUGUCACCACAGAGCGCUGUCAGCUCACACUGCUUACUGCCUGUAAUCCUGUUCAAUCCAAACAUUUCAAGAGAGAUUGGUCAAAACACUGAAAAGUCAUAAUAACUCAGGUAACUUCAGUGCCCCGUGUCGGAAUAUCACGCCUGUACAUGAUUGAUUUUUUUGUUCCUGUGUGUUUCAUUUUUGAAAUGUUUGAAUCUGGUUACAGUCACUCCAUGUUCCUUUGUCCCACACAUCCAUUGUAUUAUACUUAAAACGCUGGAUUCGGAGUAAAGAAAAUAAUAAUUCCGUCAGAGUAAAAAGCGAUGAAGGGACUUAACUUAAGAUAUAUUUAUUUUUUUCUGACCUAAAAGGAAAUCGAAAAAAAAACAAAAAAAAAAACAACAACAGUCAUGCGUUAUGUGUCAUUCCUCGAUGCUGGAGCAGUCCAGAAGCCUACAGCAGUGCUAUUCAAUACAGAUGAGGGAAAACAUUUUUUUUUUUCAAGAAAAAAUAAUAAUAAUAAAAAAAGAUUUUAGAGAAAAUGUUGCCAGGAUUAUUUCCGAUAUGUAAAUAUGUCCAAUAUGUACACUUGUAUUUGUUCCGAGAUAUUGUUUUGUUUUUGUUUCUUUCCGGGCAGUUUUGUACACUUACUAAUUCCAAGAAGAUAUUUUAAUAUGAUUUCAUUUAUGAAUCUGACCAUUUAUAUAUAUAUAUUUAUUUCUUAAACGUGUUUGGAGCUUUUUGUUCAGCUCUGUUAAUGGUUAUGUUACAGUGGAUUUCAGUCUGUUUCUCUUUUCGUUUACUACAUUGGUUGUAUGUUGAUUGCUAAAUGUAGACUGCAAAGUCACAUUUAUAUUUAUGUUAUAGUAAUAUUUUAUUACUUACAUAAAACAUAUAUACAAGAAAUGGUCUUUUGUCUUCAUUAAGGUCCAAACCACUCGUCUUUUUUUUUUGUUGCUGUCUGUUGUAGCAUCAGCAGGCAAACAAGACAAACAUGAUCAUAAAGUUUGAUGCUGUUCAGCACACCAUGUGUUCAGUUUAAUAGCAGUGAUUGGUUAUGUAACAGCAGUCGCUGCUGUGUACAUGUGCUGUUAAAGGGAAUAGACAACAGUAUUUUACCUCAGGCAUUCCCUGCUAAGUUCACAGUCUCUGACGUUGUUCACAUCUUUGUGUAAAAAUCGCAGUAUUAAAUUGUGCAAUAUUAA